CAGAUCACCCGGCGCAAGUGGGAGGAAACUGGUGAGGCCGAGGAAAGGAGACACUUCCUGCAGGACGACUGCCUGGAGUUGCUCAUCAGAUUCCUGGAGAUGGGGAAGGAGGUGCUGCAACGCACAGACCCUCCAAAGACACACGUGACCCACCACCCCAUCUCUGACCUUGAGGUCACCCUGAGGUGCUGGGCCCUGGGCUUCUACCCUGCGGACAUCAGCCUGAGCUGGCAGCGUGAUGGGGAGGAGCAGACCCAGGACAUGGAGUUUGUGGAGACCAGGCCUGCGGGGGAUGGGACCUUCCAGAAGGGGGCGGCCCUGGGGGUGCCACCUGGACCCCCUGUGGGCCUGGUUGUGGGCCUGGUCAUCCUUGGAGCUGUGGUCACUGGAGCUGUGGUCACUGGAGCUGUGGUCACUGUAGCUGUGAUGUGGAGGAGGAAGCGCUCAGGUAGGGAAGGGGUGGGGCCUGAGUUUCUUGUCUCACUGGGGGUUGCAAGCCCAGGUAGAAGUGUGUUCUGCUUCAUUAAUGGCAAGUACCAUCCCCACAAGUGUGGUUGCCCAGUGUGGGGCCCUAUUUGCUGACACUCACUCUUUAGUAAGACACGUGUGGAAAUGAGGGACAGAUUCGUCACCUUGAUGAUUCCAGUGGUGGGGCCUGGUUCCCAGCACUCCCAGGUCAGGGAGGAAGGUCCCUGCUGAG